GAUAUUUUUCUUAAAUCCCUCCCCCAAUCAGCUGUUUGUUGUUCUUGAACGUUUUUUCUGUUUAUUCACUCAAUUUUCCAAAAAUAUCUCAUUUUUAUUGUGAAAUUUAAUAAUAUUGUACGUAUAUAAACGAAUGUCAAUAUAAAUAAUGUUGGAGGGAAGUGAAGAGGACGUUACAUGUUUAUCAGAAAAAAUGCAAAUGUGUUCGACAAGUGAUUCCAAUGAUAUUCACACAACUACAACAACCACCGCCAGCACCAUCACCGAGUCUUUAAUUGAUUCACGUGUUUUUGAAAAUAAAAAAAAAUCUGAUAUUCGUAUGAAAAUGCAAACAAACAAUAUAAAACCAAUAAAUAUACAAGAGAAAAUACUUUUUGUUAUUGAUGCAACAACUGAAUCAAAUGCCACACAAUUUGAAUUAGGUCGUGGUGAUAAAUUUCCACCAUUAUUUAUGAUUAAACGAAUUGUGGAAAUUUUCAUAAAUAUUAAAUCGUCAAUUAAUUCAAAUCAUGAAUAUUGUCUAUUUAUAUUGAAUGCAAAUAAAAUACAACGUAUUCAUACAUUUAUGAAUAAUACUAUUGAAUUUUUGCAUUAUAUUGAUGAUAUUGAGGAAUAUGAAAAUGAUUCACAAACAUUUGAUUUGGGUAAUUUAUUUAAUGAUAUUGACGAUUGUUUUAAAACAACAAGUGUAAAUUGUGUUAAUCGUGUUAUAUUUAUUUAUUGUCGUUCACAUGCGAUACCAACAUUUUUAACAUCAAAAUUAAAUUUUGAUUUAUUAAUGAAAAAACAACGUUUCUUUUUGGACAUUUUGUAUAUUCAUGAACAUCCAAGUGAAGAAAAUAAUUGUGAUGCAAUUUAUUCGGCAUUAAAUGCAUUGGAUGUGAAAAAUUCGGCAUAUAUUUUUGAAGUUGGAAGAAAUGCAACGAGACUACAUGAUCAUAUGGUGAAAUUAGUUGCUCAUCCAUUGCAAAGGCCACUUCAAAGGGAAUCUCAUUAUUCACUUAAAGCUCAUUUGGCAUCUUUGCAUAAGGAACCACAUACAAGUGUGUGAUUUUUUUUUAAUGUAUUGUAAAUGGACCCUUUUUUAAACAGAGAAAAGUGUUUUUAUGUAAAGAAAAAAAAAAAAAUUCAAAGUUUACUAAAGUUGUCUUGUAA